AUGGAAACUCAUUAAUAAUAAAAGCGUGAUUAACAAAUUCAUUAUAAGUAAAUAGGUUAAUAUUAACUUAUAAAAGAAAUCGGAAACGGUUAGUUUGCUAGAGUAUAUUAUACACGAAGUGUUGAUCCUGAAAAUACUUAAGAAUAUGCUAUUAAAACUUUUUAAAUAAAUAGAUUGAAACCAGAAAAUCAAGAUCAAAUUGAUAAAGAAAUAAAUAUUUUAUUAAAGCUAAAUCAUCCAAAUAUAAUUAAAUUCUACGAAUAUAAAAAGACAUAGAAUAAUGUUUAUCUUAUAUUUGAAUAUUGCGAAUUAGGAGAUUUAGAAAAUUAUAUGAAAAAAUACCAUGAUGGUCGUUUUCCAAUUAGUUUUGCCCAAAAAGUAAUGAAUUAAAUUUCAAAAGCUUUUAAAGAGGUACGUCGUUUAAAAAUAGUUCAUAGAGAUCUUAAACUAGCCAAUAUAUUAAUUAAUAAAGAUCUAAUUGUUAAAUUAAGUGAUUUUGGAUUUGCAAAACAUUUUGAAGAAAAUAUUCUUUUAUAAAGUUAUUGCGGAACUCCAAUUACUAUGGCUCCAGAGAUUUUAAAAAGAUAAUAAUAUAAUGAAAAAUGUGAUAUUUGGAGCCUUGGCGUGAUUUUGUAUUAAAUGAUUUUCGGAAAAUUACCGUUUUAACCGCCUAAAGGAGCUAAUAUUAUAGAUUUAAUAAAUAUCAUUGAUAAAGGAAAAGUUCAAUUUGAUAAUUUAGCUUUGAUUCCAUAAGAUGUAAUAGAGUUAAUUGAAAAAAUGCUUGAUGUGAAUGUUUAGAAAAGGAUGAGUUUUUAAGAAUUUUUUGAAUAUCCAUGGAUUAAUGUAAAGGAAAGUGUAGAAGAAAUAAAGACUAAAUAAAAUAAAGCACUUCGUUUUGUUUAAAAAUAUAUAUUUUAAAGUUUAAGAGAGGAUAUUACAAAAUUCAAAAAAUUUUUAAAUGAAACAAAGGUAAUUAUUUAAAAUAUAACAAAUGAUUAAGAUAACAGUUUUGCUAAAAAUUGUGCCUGGGCAAGUUUACUAAUAUUAUUAUUAAAAACAGUAAAAAAUAUGUAAAAUGGUUUAGAAUUAGUUCUUUUUACUAAUGAAGAAACUUAUGAAUAUAUAAAAGCUCCUUUUCCAAAAGAAAUAUAAGAUUCUCUUAAAGAAGAAUGCAAAGAAAUAGGUAAAAACAUAGAAAAAAUAGAAUGUGAUAAUACAGAAUUAUAAAAAAAUUCAGAUGCUUAUAAUAUGCUUUUUAUUUGUUUGUUGCACUACGCUGACUUUUAACUUAUUAAUGAAUAUUUAAAAGGUUUUGAUUUCCUUUCCAAAACAAGAUGUAUAUUCAAGUAUAUUUGA